AUGAAAGGGGCAGGUGUUAAGAAGAAAACCCAGGUAGUGAACGACGCCGGUGAAGCGGAGAUGGCGGUGGAAAUUGUCGGGGAAAGCCGGAGAAGAAGCGGCGACGGUGGGUUUGCCAGUGAAGACGGCGGAGCAGGUGGAAGUGGAGAGUCGAUUCUUCGCGAGAUGGGUGAUGAUAGGCGUACGGAGGAUGGGGAAGAAGAAGAAGAAGAAGACGAAGAUGAUGAAGACGACGGAGAAGAGGAAGAAGAAGAAGCAGCAGAAGGGAAAGAGGAGAGGCCUAAGCUGGAUGAAGGGUAUUUCGAAAUCGAAGCUAUUCGUCGUAAGAGAGUUAGAAAAGGAAAGGUCCAGUAUCUAAUCAAAUGGCGCGGGUGGCCCGAAACUGCCAACACAUGGGAGCCUCUAGAGAAUCUUCAGUCCAUUGCUGAUGUUAUAGAUGCAUUCGAAGGAAGCUUGAAGCCAGGGAAGCCUGGUAGGAAGCGGAAGCGCAAAUAUGGAGGCCCUAAUUCUCAGAUGAAGAAGAGGCAGCAACGUGUAACGUCUACCUCACGCGAUGGUGCUGAGAAAUCAGGAUCGUCUACAUCUCUCAACAACUCUAGCCUUCCUGAUACUACUACUGGUCCGGUCGACCUCAGCGGUUCGAGUCUACUAAAAGGAGAUGGGGAGGCGAGGAACGCUUCUGUAUCCAACCAAGUGGAAGCUAACAGCGGGAGUGUUGGGAUAAUCCGGCAAGUGAGUUUGGUCGAGGAGGAGAAAGAAUACGAUCCGACGCUGAACGAGCUAAGGGGACCGGUCGUUAACAGUAACGGUGCAGGGUGUUCUCACGGAGGGGACAUUGGUUCUGAAGGUGAUAAUGUAAGACCAAAUGGGCUUCUCAAGGUUUAUCCUAAGGAGGUUGAUAAGAACAGUCGUUUCAUAGGUGCUAAGCGGAGGAAGUCUGGUUCUGUGAAAAGAUUCACACAAGACGAAACCACAAGUAACAACCACACAGCAGCUACAGAUCAGAAUGUGACACCAGAUUUGGCUGCAUUAUCCUCUUUUGGUAGGAUCGAGGGGAUAGGGAGUGAGUACACUGAUGUGCGGGAAAAUAACGAUUCAGCUCAGAAACCAAAUAUUGAGGAUAUGGACAUCACAAAGAUCCUUAAACCAGUGAAGUUUUCUUCAUCUGUAACAGACGGAGUCCAAGAAUCGUUGGUGACCUUUUUGGCGCUGAGGUCUGAUGGGAAGGAGGUGAUGGUGGAGAACAGAUUUCUCAAAGCUCACAAUCCUCUUCUGCUGAUUGAAUUCUACGAGCAACAUCUCAAGUACAAUCGCACGCCUUGA